AUAGCAUCCCAGGUAGUUUUUCAGAACGGCGAUGCAUUAGGGUCGAGCGAAAAGAAAGAUGUGCAACAAGCUGGCACAUUUACGGUGCAAUCAUCUCAACCUGUGUGUAUUAAAAGUAAACUCUGCAUGGCAGGUUCAUGUUCAACAGCCAGCGAAUGACGGUUGGAAGAGGAAGCAACUGGAUGUUUGGUCAACCAGCAAAGCAGCUGGUGGCGUCAAAGGCUAUUCUCUGCUAGUUGGGCUAUUCCCUAUAGUUAUGCUGAUCGGAUUCAUAUCUUUACAAUUACGUGUGGCUCCAGGAAAUCUGAUCAGAACUUUUCAUGCUACAGCGAUAUACCAGUGGAAAUUCAAAACCUACAUGUCAUCAAGAAACAUCAGAUGUUUGUUGGAAUCCUCAAAAGUUCUAAACUCUUCGUACAAAAACAGGAACAACGUGAACUACUUGACAAAAAUGGGGAUUGCAAUAGAGUUUUGAUCUAUGGAACCGACUUGAGACACAAAAAACUAUUUUUGUUGAGCCACGACGAAAAAACGAAUUUACAGAGGCAAUGGAAGGAUUUUAUGAAAACGUUCGCAACCCAUGCAGAGAACAAGCGU